UUUAUCCAAGCAAGACAUCGUCAGUGUGUUCUUUGAGUUCCUCUAAAAAAUAAAAAUUCUACAAUCUACUAUCAUCAUGACUGCGUGCUUGAAUCAAUCAUACAAUAUUUACGCACAACCAUCAGCGUUAGUUGCGAGCAAAAGUCAAAAAUCAAAAAUAUCAACAUCGCGAAAAAUCAAAAACAUUCUCAAGCCCGUUUUGGGAAGGAUCUUCAAGACAAAAAAGGCGCCAAAACGUAGUUCCUACAUUGCCUCUGCCGAAAAGGAUUACGAUUUCGAGUGGAUCAAUGAAAUUGAGAACCUUGCAAAUGAAGAACUUGAGAAUCGCAUCAUCGAUGAGAUCCAUAACUGCUCUGAGGAUGCAGCUAUCUAUGUUUACAAUGAGGAUGGCAGCAGACAAUUGGAAUCCGUUGAUAAGGAGAACUUCUAUGUUCCUGUUCACUUUGCCCGCACCCAUGCUGGAACCUUCUUCUGGACAUCAAUUCAACGUGAGACUAUCGAACCUUAUCAGAUCGAAUGGAAUUUCCUAGAUCGUUGGGGACAAGCUUGAAGGAAUUCAAAUCAAAUCAUCAGACUGAAACACCUGAAACACACAUUUUGAGGCUUUAAAAAUAGUGAUGCUGUGAUGAUCUUGAUGCGAUCUAGCGCGUGACUUUCAAGUUUUUUGUGAUAAUGGCUGUGAGUAGGACAGGAAAAUUUCUGCAUUUUGGACUUUUUUACUGCGACAAGGGAAGGAGGACAACGACAUUUCAACCGGUGACAUUUGUACCAGGAUGACAAAUCAUUUGUGUUGAAUACGACAGAAUCCUAGAUGGGGAUAAAUGGGCGGGAGUAGGUAGAAUAUACUUGAUCAUCAAAAUUGUUUUAUUUCACUUGACAUAAUUAUUUCAUUUUGGUAAUUAUUUGUUUUAAGAGAAAGAAAACAAUGAUUUUUUGAAUAAAAAAGUAAAUGGUUUUAGCUUUAUCAAAAUUUUAUAUUCACAUUAUAUAUAAUUUUAGAGACACAGUCUUCCAGUUAACAUUUUGUAAUAAUUUUAAUGAUAAAGAAAUAUGUAAACAAUUUCAAAAUCAGGGAUAUUAUACUUUAAUUUUACAAGCACAUUAAUGUAUUAUUAGAUGUAAGAACAAUUUCAUGUAACAAA